AAAGGCAUUCACCACAAUAAUAUCUAAUUGUCAUAUCUCCCUCGCACCGAGCUCCUCGUCUUCUAUAACAAACUAUUCUGGCUGGGGGAAUUCCGUCCUAAUUCCAUGGAAAACAAUGCGUCCAAUGGGGCAUCCGCUUUGGCAGUUCUCCUUACUGUACUAUCUCUUGUUUUUGGUUUUCUUGCUGCCCUGAGAAGGUGGAGGAAUACUGCUGACCCUGUGCUGCCACCGGGCCUUCGAGGCUUGCCAUUAGUGGGGUACCUGAUCCCAUUCCUCAGGCAGCACCUUCAUCGGGAGUUUGCAAAGUUGGCUGAGAUAUACGGGCCCAUCUACAAACUCUGGCUCGGAAACAAGCUGUGGGUGGUCAUUAGCUCGCCGUCCCUAGCCAAAGAAAUCAGUCGUGAUCAGGAUGUAGUGUUUGCUAACCGGGAUGCAACCAUUGCUGCAUCAGCCGUGACAUUUGGUGGAAAAGACAUAGCGUUUGCCGAUUAUGGACCAUACUGGAGGAAGAUGCGGAAGAUAUUUGUGCGAGAGAUGAUGAGCAGCUCGAGCCUUGAUGCCUGUUACAGUUUAAGGAAAGAGGAAGUGAAGAAGUGCAUUAAUAAUUUACACAGCAACGCAGGCUCGCCGGUAGACCUUGGGCAACUUUCACUUUUCCUUCUGAUCAACUCGAUAAUGGCGAUGUUGUGGGGGCAUACAGGGGAGGGGGACAAAAGGGAGAGCCUUAACUUGGAGUUCCAGCAGACGGUGGCAGAGAUGAUGGUGCUUCUGGGGAAAGCGAAUAUUUCAGACAUUUUCCCAGCGCUUGCGAGGUUCGAUGCCCAAGGAGUGGAGAGGAAGGCCAAAAGUUGCCAUCGGCGAAUAGACAGUUUCCUCGAUUCGAUAAUCGAUCGUGCCAUUGAAGGAGCAGCUAUCGAGAAACAAGCGGGACACGGUGAGAGAAAGAAAGAUAUCUUGCAGCUCUUCUUAGACCUUGAUAUUGAUGGUGAUGAGGAUAAUCGGACGUCAACCACUAAGAAUCGAGAAAUCAAAGCCAUUCUGACUGAUAUCCUCGUGGGUGGUACUGAUACCACGUCAACUAUGGUGGAAUGGGUCAUGUCUGAACUGUUGCAGCAUAAAGCAGUGUCAGAGAAAGUAAUGGAGGAAUUGACAGAAGUUGUCGGAAUGAACAACAUGGUUGAAGAGCACGACUUGCCUAAGUUGACAUAUCUCGAUGCUGUCAUUAAGGAGACAUUUCGUUUGCACCCGCCAUUGCCCUUGCUGGUGCCUCGAUGCCCAAGUCAAUCGGCUACCAUAGGCGGGUACAAGAUCCCAAAGGGUUCCAAGGUGUUCAUAAAUAUCUGGGCCAUUCAAAGAGACCCUCAAUUAUGGGAGAAUCCGUUGCAGUUCAAGCCAGAGAGAUACCUGGAAAAUCCGGGCUUUGAUUUUUCCGGCAACAACUUCAUUUUCCUACCUUUUGGUUCUGGUAGGAGGAUCUGUGCUGGGGUUCCAUUAGCUGAAAGGAUGCUCAAAUAUGUGUUAGCUGCUUUGCUGCACUCCUUCGAUUGGGAGUUACCUGAAGGCACGGAGCUUGAGUUUUCAGACAAGUUCGGGAUAGUUGUAAAGAAAGUGAAGCCGUUGGUUGCCAUCCCUAGGCCAAAGCUGUCCAAGCCAGAGCUCUAUCAGUGAAGGCUGUCCAGGGCUUCAGGUCAAAACUUGAGGACUCCAUCAGCAUUAUUGUUGGGAUAAUGUCUCAGAGGAGCUGCACUUUUAUCUAUUUAUUCAAAUGUUUAUCUUAGUUUGUUAGUCUCUUAUUUAGCAUCAAUGUAAUGGCAGUUAUUGCCUUUUCUUUGUACGUGUGAAGCCAUGUGUUUGGCAGUUACUUUUUUGCUUUGCUUAGUGUUUUGUGUAUUUUACUUGUAUUGCGAGACGAUUAUGUUUUUAUGACAGCAAUUUCCAUUUCCAUUCUUA